AUGUUCCCGUUGAUGUUCGUUCUUGCUUGGUCUCUAUAUUUGAAGCGUUUUGUUGGGUUUUCGACCAGAGGCUGUGUGAAAAUGCCGAUGUAUCAGCCUUUGAGUAAGAGGAGAGAUGGGUACGAAGUGGGUGGUGGUGGGCAGGUGUUGGAUCUGGAAACCGCAGUGAAAGAUGGGAUUUUGGGUGGUGGAGGUGGGGUGGUUCACGGCAGCGCCACCGGGGAGAAAUUUGAUCUGAAAAAGAUGAUUGAAGAGCUCGAUAUGGUCGACGUUCCGUCGGUGUUUAUUUGUCCAAUCUCAUUAGAGCCAAUGCAAGACCCUGUGACCCUUUGCACUGGGCAGACCUAUGAGAGGUCCAACAUUCUCAAAUGGUUCUCCUUGGGCCACUUCACUUGCCCCACUACAAUGCAAGAGCUUUGGGAUGAUUCUGUCACUCCAAACACCACCCUUUACCAGCUAAUUUACAGUUGGUUUUCACAAAAAGUACUUGGCAAUGAAGAAGCGUUCAGAGGAUGUGCAAGGAAGGGCUUUGGAACUGUUGGAGAAAUUGAAGAAGGUCAAGGGUCAAUUGAGAGUUCAAGCAUUGAAAGAGUUGAGACAAGUUGUUACAGCCCAUGA